AUGCGUGCUACAUCGCCUCAUAUAGUAGGCCGUCGGGAGUCUGAGCCUGGUUUCUCGGAUCUUACGACACCCAAGGCGCUUGACAUCGCUGUACCUGGUGGCUUUCGUCGUCAUCAUCUACAGACAACACCUCGACCAAUGGUCUCAAAAGCUCUUCGUGAUCAGAUCAUUAAACGCAUCAACAGUGUUUACGAUCCAUUUAUUGGAAAUAUAUUAAGUCAAGACAAUGACGAGUAUGAUGAAAUGAACGUAGAGGAACGAGCACAAAGUUUAUUGUUAACGCCACUCCCAGCACAUCAUCGCAGUCCAUCAAAAGCGUUCGAACCUGCAUCGGAACGAACCGAACUUAUCCCUCCGUCAACAUUUCCACCAAAAUCAAAUGAUCGUGACAAAACUACAACAUUGUGGCAUGCUUUGCUUACGUUGCUCAAAUCAUUUGUUGGGACUGGAGUGUUGUUUUUACCUGAAGGUUUUCGUAGUGGUGGCAUUCUCUUUUCACCCUUAUGUCUCACUUUUGUUGCUGCAUUGACAUUAUUUGCUAUGUUGCGAUUGUUGCAAUGUCGUGAAUUAGUCGGUGGUACAUAUGGUCAUGUUGGGUUUCAAGCUUAUGGUUCAUGGGGUCGACGCAUGGUACAAAUUUCCAUCAUUCUUAUGCAAGCAGGAUUUUGUUGCACAUAUGUGAUUUUUGUGGCACAAAACAUGGCAGAAGUCCUAAUUUUUUUAGGAUACAGAGUGAAUGCGUCGUUUCUCAUUUUGGUUCAAUUUGCUGUGUACAUUCCAUUGUCGUGGAUUCGAUACAUCAGCUACUUUUCUAUUAGCAAUUUAAUUGCGGAUGUUUUUAUUCUGUAUGGACUGGCAUUUAUUUUGGGCAAUAGCAUGAUACUUCUUGCAACUCAAGGUCCGGCCCAAAAUGUUGUCCUAUUUAAUCAAAAUGAUUAUCCUGUUUUCAUUGGCACUGCAGUUUUUACAUUUGAGGGGAUAGGGUUGGUUUUACCUACUCAAAAUUCGCUCAAUCAAGCCCGUCAAAAACGAUUUCCAGGUUUACUCUCGUGGACAGUCGUUGGUUUACUUUUCUUCUACUCGUUCUUUGCUGGUAUUAAUUAUGUGACAUUUGGUAAUAACAUUGCUCCCAUGGUUACAUCCAGUUUGCCACGUAAUGGCUGGUCCAGUUCAGUACAAUUUGGUUAUGCUUUUGCUCAACUUCUAUCAUAUCCAUUAUUUUUAUUUCCUGCGGUGAAAAUUAUGGAAGAAAUGUUGGGAUUUCCAAAACGCGCUUCAGGCCAAAAAGUGGCGAAAAACUUUUUGCGUGCUCUGGCGGUUUUAGUUACAAUUUCUAUUGCCUAUUUUGGCCAGGACCGCUUAGACCUCUUUGUGUCUAUUGUUGGUGCUUUCUGUUGUGUGCCGUUGAGUUUGGUAUAUCCUCCACUAUUUUAUCUCAAAUUGAAUCCCAACCCAUCAUGGUUUGAUAAGAUUGUCGACUCCUUUGUCAUCUUGAUUGGAUUGCUAACAUUCUUUUACGUCACGUACUCGAAUCUUCAGUCAUGGAGUCAAUAA